AUCAGUUUUCAUAUAUGAAAGAAUUUAACUGUCUCUUUAACAGUAAUGAGCAGUCGAUAAGAACGCCGUGUUUCAUAUAACAAGCAAUCAAGUAAUUUGUUUUUAUAUUCAUGUAAAGUAACAAUAAAUCAACGAUAAAUUCAUAAACCGUCAAUAUGUAUGUGAAAAGAUGUCGAAACGAGCGCUUAGCGUAACAAAAACGAAUGAACUUUAAAAGUAAACAAAAAGUGUUUUUAAUUUUUAUGCAACUUGUAUUUCUUGAAAAAAUAGUUUUUACCGUUAGACUGCAGUGUUAGUAUGCUAGCGAUGUCUUAGUUGCUGGCAGCCUGUUUUCACUCUAUUCUGUCAAAAAAAUGGUUUUGCUUAUGCCCCUAAAUGCUAUUAUGCUAAGUUGUUUACAUUUCUAAAAAAUGAAGAGAAAAAAAAUGUGCAGAAAUUGUGGUGAAUUUGUUUUGAGAAAAAUAUAAUGUGAAAGCAGUGUAUUGCAAAGGCCAUUAAAAUUUUUAUAAAAAAUAUUAUCUAUAAAAAAAAAUUAUAAAUUUCAUUAAAAUGUCUUAAAAAUUAUUAUUAAUACAAAAAAUUUAUAAAUGCCUUAAAGUAUCUUUAAAAGUUAUUAUAUAACAAAUAAAAAGCUCAUUUUACUGCUUGCUAUUUUUUUUUUAAUGAUUUGUUAUAUAAAACUUUCAAAAUUGUAAUUUUCCACAAUAUUUAAAAAUGUGCCACCAACCAUUUUAUGCACUGAAUGUAUGGAAAAAUAAUUUUUUGAUUUUAUUAUAAACAAGAUUUGGAUACUUUAUAAAUAAUGACCUAAAUUGCAUAUAUAAUUUAUGCAUACUAGCAUUAUGUAUUAAUAAGAUUGAGUUAGUGCAGGCAGUGUUGUUAAUAUAGAUUGUUACUACUUUCUUGAACUACAGAAUUGACAAAUAUAUGCAAGUUUAAACAUAUUUCAAUUCUUAUUUAGAAUUUUUGGCGCAUGAACAUACACACAUUUAUUUUUAUAACCUAAAAGUUAAAAGCGAAUAUACUCCAAAUAACUGUUAGACCUCAAAUAUACUAUACUACAUAUGCAUUUUUUAAAUGACAGUAUUUUGUAUAAUUCAGAUUUUUUUUCUGUUUUUAAUUCAAAAUUUUAUAUCACAAAACACUAAUAUAAAGUUUUACGAUGUUUGCGCGCUAACAAAUUUAAAAUAGUCCAAAAAUUAUCUUCAGAAGCACUGCUAAAUUUAUACCACACACUAAACUAAAUGAAUAUAAAGAAGACUGUCUUAGGAUAUAAAUUAAAUAAUUGCACUGCAUCGUACUGGCGAGGAUCUGGAUCCGUUAUGCUUUGCUGUGGUCAAAAGGAAAUAUGAUGCAGCAAAUGAUGUAAUCACUGCUAGCAAUACAAUAAUUACAAGGAUGGUAUUGGUAAUCUACACUUGUUUAUGAAAUGAGUAGUAGAAAAUGUGAAUAUGUGAGUUUGCUUUUCAUAUAAAGCAAAAAGUACAUUUAUGUACAAAACAACAAAAAUGUAUUCAAAAACAUUGAUAAAAUGCAUUUGUAUAAUUUUUAGGUUAUAUCUAUACGAUACAAUAGAAGUGCUGCUAUCGUUUGUAAAAAUACAACAUUUUAAAUUAUGUAAAAUUGUAACAAUAUUUAGUUGCAUGAUAUAUUUUGUAUAAUAUUUUCACACAAAACUAUAUAUAAAUAAGGUAUAUCUAAAUAAGGCUAAACAUCUACUCUAUAAAUAUGGGUAUGAAUGUAUGUAACAAAUGAAUAAUAUGGUACUGCAAAUCAGAACUGUUUCGUUUCAAACAUGCUAUGGUAGCCAAAAUCCUUAUCUAUGCAUUUAUUUCUUUCUUCAUUUUCAUAUAAUUUUUUUUUAUACUAUCUAUCUGAACUAAUUCUUGUAAAAUUGCUUAUGUGCCUAAUAUAGUAUAUAAAAAUCUUAAAUAUGUACUUUUAAUUCUACACAACUAAUUAUAAAUGUAGUGGAUUAACUAAAUUUUUCUUCUUUACUUUUAUUGUUAAUUUAAAACAAAAAUAACUAUUUACUUUGUAUUUUCUAUUUUAUCUAUAUUUUCAAAUCAGCUUAUAAGUAAAGAUAUUGUGAAAUAUCUCUUUCAUUCGGUAUAAUUAAUUGUAGUGGAAUUUCUUAUAACAUUUAAGCUAAAAAAUCAUAUAAUAAAAUGUAUAUGUAUAUGUAAAUGUCAAAGAAUAGCAUACAUAUGUAUUAGCAACUACUUAUGAAACAUGCAAAUAAUGUAUCAUGUAUAACAUUGCAGUGAUCCACAUUAAUGUUUAUAAAUAUACAUUAAGUAUGAAUUAAUUUUAUCUUAAUAAUAUUAAAAAAAAAGUAAAACUGAAAAUAACUAUAAAAAACUAUUUAUGAAAUUACUUUACAAAAUAAAUGUAUGUACACAUAUUUUCCUUCGAAAGCGUUGUUUUUUCUACACUUUUUCUUACAAAAGAAAACAAAAUGUUAACUUCGGCUGCAUCGAAACUAUAAUACCAUUUGCAGGAGCAUUUAUUAUAGCAUUAAAGGUUAUAAAAAGUCUUUAUCUGGAUAUUGAUCGAUCACUUUGUAUAGCAGCUAUGUGCGGUAGUGGUCCGAUCUGAAUAUGUUUGGAAAUUGUAGCGUUGCUUUGGACAAUAAUCCAUGUUAAAUUUUGUGAACAUACCUCGGCAAGUAAAAAAGUUUUCCAUACAAGGGCUUCAUUUUGAUCGUACAGUUUGUAUGACAGCUAUAUGUAAUAGUAUUCCGAUAUCGGCGACAAAUGAACAGCUACUUGGGGAGGAAAGAACGUAUGCAAAAUUUCAGAUCGAUAUUUCAAAAAUUGAAGGACUUGUUAGCGUAUUAACGGACGAACGGACCUAUGAAUAUGGCUAAAUCGAUUACGUUGGUCAUUUAUACACUACAUACAAAUAUAGUUUAAAGGGUAUUCGACGUUUCCUUCUGGGUAUUACGUUUUUGUAGGCAAACUUUAUAUACCCUCAGGGUAUAAAAAUAGUAUUUUCAAAACUUACGACUCGAUUUAAUACAUAUAGUUAAAUACAUACAUUCACAUUAUUAAUAAAUUUAUAUUAUUUGUUCUCUGCGGUAAAUACAUUUACAGUAGUUUCCACCGUAUUUUUAAAUGUUUAAUUCUAUGGUGCUAUUUUACCACUUGUUUUUUAUUUUUCACCAUUGAUCUGCCUUUUUCAACACUAUUUUUAUGCAACUCUGUUACUGGACGACAGCACUAAAUAUUUUUCUUACUAUUCAAUAAUUUUAUUUCAGCAUAUUAUGGAAUAACUUAUGUUCUCAAUAAAAUCUUUUAUAAAAUUGAACGAGAGCCAGAAAUUAUUUAGAAAUUUAAGAAAAACAAACAUGUACCCCUUUGCCAUUUUUUGAUUUAUUGCAAACGAUUUAUUACGAUACGACAACUCUACUCUUAUUUCACGAAAAGUGCUUGAGCGAAAACGAAAUCGACGAAACUGCUGAGAAACGAUUCGAUUAGUCGCUCGAAGAAAGUCGGAAGAAGAAAAAGUGUUUUUAAAUAAAGCUGUAGUAAAAUUUAAAAAUUUUUAGGUGCAUUUCCUCUCAGAUUGCACUACUUCAAUCGACCUAAACAAAGGAUUUGCCGCAGAAACGCAAGCAGGCAAAAAAACGCUGAAAAUAUUUCAAGUGCAUCGCGAUAAGUGACGGUAAUUUUCUUUGGAAAUAAUAGCCCAUAUACAUAUUACUUACCGGCGAAGUGAGUGUGUGCUGAAUAUUUGAAAAAGGAAAAAAAUCUGUAGAGUGAAUGAAAAUAUUAUUUCCGACAUUCCAGUCUGAAUUUACGAAAGUCGAAAAACAAUUGCAUUAAAGUGUUUUUAUUGUGUGCAACAGAGGCAAAAAUAUAUAUAUAUAUAUUAAACAAUAAUAAGCUGGAAGUGGAAGAAGUGAAGAACAAAAGCGGUGAAUAUCCUUAAAAAUUUCUUUGUGUAUUAUAAUACAAUCAAGUCGCCAAAGUCAUUUAUUGACUGUUUAAGCUACCAUCAAGAUGGCGUGGCGCUUUAAAGCAUCAAAAUACAAGAAUGCCGCACCGAUCGUUCCCAAGCCGGAGGCCUGCAUACGUGACAUCUGUGUCGGAUCGUAUCAGACCUUCGGCAAUAAUAUAGCAGCUUCAGCCGCUUUUAUGGCCUUCAAUUGGGAACACACGGGUUCGAGCGUUGCUGUCUUACCGUUAGACGAUUGUGGGCGCAAAAGUAAAACAAUGCCAUUGUUACAUGGUCAUACAGAUACUGUGACUGAUUUGGAAUUCUCACCCUUUCACGAUGGACUUUUGGCAACGGCCUCACAAGAUUGUCUCGUUAAAAUCUGGCAUAUACCAGAAAAGGGCUUGGAGGCAUCACUUUCUGAUCCGGAAUGUGUGUUUUCACACAAGCAACGUCGUGUUGAGACUGUUGGUUUUCAUCCGACUGCUGAUGGUUUGCUACACUCCACCGCUGUCGGUUGUGUGACACUCUUCGAUAUAACAACACAAAAGGAAAUUUUCUCUAAUAAUGAACAUCCCGAGGUCAUACAGUCGGUAAGCUGGAAACAGGAUGGCACAACACUUGCUACUAGCUGCAAGGAUAAGAAUGUGCGCAUAUUAGAUCCACGCAUCGCUGACGCGCCCAUACAAAUGGUCGCAGAGUCGCAUCAGAGUAUUAAGGAUUCACGUGUCGUUUGGUUGGGCAACCAGACACGUAUACUGACCACCGGUUUUGAUUCGGCACGUCUGCGUCAGGUUAUCAUACGAGAUUUGCGUAACUUUUCAGUGCCAGAGAAGACAUUGGAGCUCGAUUGUUCCACCGGUAUACUUAUGCCACUGUUCGAUGCCGAUACAAAUAUGUUAUUCCUUGCUGGAAAGGGUGACACAACUAUUAAUUAUUUGGAAGUUAGCGACAAAGAUCCCUACCUGACAGAAGGUCUACGUCACACCGGCGAACAGACUAAAGGUGCUUGUUUGGUGCCAAAGCGCGCGCUUAAAGUAAUGGAGGGCGAAGUGAAUCGUGUGCUGCAGUUAACUUCCAACAUGGUUAUACCGAUUAUGUACCAGGUGCCACGCAAGACUUAUCGCGAUUUCCACAGCGAUCUGUACCCGGAAACCACGGGCUAUAAGACAGAACUUAUGGCCAGCGAAUGGUUCGGUGGCACCAAUAUGCCUGUGCCAAAGAUGAGUUUGGAUCCCGCAAAGCGUGAAUUGGGCGACUUACCAAUAAUUCCACGCCUUGGACCCAAGCCAUUUUCCAGUAAUUCCGGCGAUGUUUCGUUCGAUAAAGUCUUCGCUGUGCCAGUCGCACCUGGCUCUCAGGAAAAUAUACAUCAUGCUUCUACAGUCGGUUCGGCUGAUAAUGGUGGCGAUAGCUUUGUUGCGCCAGCACCAGCUGCCCCAGUAGUAGCGGCCACAACACAAAACAAGCCCGAUUUGAUUGUGGAGAUCGAAAUUAAAAAACCCAAUGCUGAUAACGCCGGCGACAGCAGCGUGCAGAAAUCUCUGUCGACCUCCGAGCGUCGCAAGAUUUUCGAGCAAACACAUUCGGAGUCUUCGGAGAACUCUACGGAAGGUGAUGAUAAACCUGAUGCGGAAUUGCGUCGUUUCUCGGCUGCACGCAACAGUAUUGCCGAAAGGCGGCGCUUGUAUGAGAGCCGUUCGAAGAGCACGGUCGAGGAGAAAUCGCAAUCGCCAGUGCCAUUGCGUCGUGAACUCUCCAAGGGCGAACCGUUUAAACCACAACAACAGGCCAAUUUGGUCACACCAACAGCCGAUGUAAAACGUAUUUCUGCACCGGAGGGUAAGCACUUAGAAGAGCGUCGUCGCAAUGUCACAACCAGUGUGGAUGGUGGUGCUGCCAUUAAGAAGUCAGCAACUGAAGCGGCAAUAACCACCACACACAAACGCACCUCGACUGUUUUCGGCAAAGUUUCGAAAUUCCGUCAUCUAAAAGGUACGACCGGUCACAAAUCCACACACAUUGAGAAUCUGCGCAAUCUUAGUCGUCAGAUACCGGGUGAAUGUAACGGCUUUCAUGCUAAUCACGAACGUGUCGCUGUACCCUUAUCGGGUCCUGGCGGUAAAAUAGCCAUAUUCGAGUUAAGUCGUCCGGGUCGUCUACCCGACGGUGUUAUACCAUCAUUGGUUAAUGGUAGCAACAUAAUGGAUUUCCAAUGGGAUCCUUUCGAUUCGUCACGUUUGGCUGUGGCCUGCGAUGACGGCAUUGUUAAAUUGUGGCGCAUACCAGAAGGUGGACUCAAUGAGCCAACAAACACGCCGGAACGUGAACUUAUUGCACAUUUGGAUAAGAUUUACUUUAUACGCUUUCAUCCGUUAGCUGAAGAUGUGCUCUUAACAGCCAGUUAUGAUAUGACAAUUAAAUUAUGGGAUUUACGUACUUUGGAAGAGAAAAUACAAUUAACUGGUCACACCGAUCAAAUAUUCGAUUUGGCCUGGAGCCCUUGCGGUAAAAUGGCCGCUACCGUGUGCAAAGAUGGUAAAUUGCGUGUCUACAAUCCACGCAAGUCGGAGACACCCAUACGCGAAGGCAACGGUCCGGUGGGUACGCGUGGAGCGCGUAUCACUUGGGCGCUGGAGGGUCAAUAUAUCGUCUGCACUGGCUUUGAUAAAGUUUCUGAGCGCCAGAUAAGCGUUUACAAUGCACAAAAGCUGAAUGCACCACUGAAUAUGGCCAGUCUGGAUGUCUCACCAUCCAUACUGAUACCUUACUAUGAUGAGGACAGUUCGACAUUGUUUGUGACGGGCAAAGGUGACUCGACCAUUUACUGUUAUGAGAUUACGGAUGAGGAGCCAUACAUUUGUCCUCUAUCGCAUCAUCGUUGCACAUCACUGCAUCAAGGUUUGAGUUUUCUCACCAAAAAUCAUUGUGACGUCGCGAGUGUGGAAUUUUCGAAAGCGUACAGACUAACUAACACGACUAUUGAACCGCUGAGUUUCACUGUGCCACGCAUUAAGAGCGAACUAUUUCAAGACGAUCUCUUUCCGCCAACACGCGUCACAUGGAAGCCCACAAUGUCUGCGGAUGAAUGGUUUGCAUGCAACGAUAGGAAAGCGACUAAGUUCAGUUUGCAGCCUGAAGGCAUGGAAGCUUUAUCAUCCAUUCAGCAAGUCGCCCCCGCUAAGAAGAUAGAGCAUGCGGGCAAUGGCAGUAGUGGCGGCGCAAUGACUCGAGCGGAAUUCGAGAAGAAUAAGCAACAAGAGAUUCAAAAGUCAGUGAGCGCCCGCUUGGAGUACAACACCAAACUGGAGCAGGACGACAUGGAAGGUGUGGAUGAAAAUGAGUGGCAAGAGGAUUAAACGAUUUUGUCACAAGUAAAAUAAGCAAAAGCAGCCAGUGUGUAACUAAGCGCUGGCAUUUAGCAGUAUAUUAUAUUAAGUUAAUGUUUAUGAGCGUAAAUGAGUAUGAAGCGGGCAUACCAUUAGAUAACUUUUAUAUGUAUGCAAAGCCAUACAGACAAAAAUAUAUAUUUUUUAAAUAUAUUUAGAAACUAUAUUCGUUUUCACAGUAGAUUCUCAUUCAGUACAUUCGAAGCAUUUAUAAUUACAAGCAAUAGUAUAACAGUUAUAUAAUUAUGCUGAGAAAAAAUUUUAUAAUAUCACUUCCAAUAGGAAUUGCUAACAUAUUCGAAAAAGUCAAUCAGUAAAUAUUUGAGAUAUUUGAUAAUUAAAAACUAAACACUUCCAGGGACCAAAUUUACAUUACAAUACAAAAAGAACAAAGGUAUAUAACGCAAAAGACUGCAUAUAAACGUAUUUUAGUUAGUUGGAAAAUAUUUAUGUGUACCGUAAACUUCCUUUUUUAUUAUAAACUAAAUUUAUAAUUAAAGAAAUUUAUACAUAUUUUAAUUAAUACUCAAGAUUUGCCAAAAAGAAAUAUGAACAUGAACUCGAUAUUAGCAUACCACAAGAAAAAUUAACUAUUAAAUAUUUUUUUUAAUGAUAUAUAAAGCGUUGUUUACUAAAAAAAAAAGCGUAAUAUGUUAAGCUGAAAUUUGAGGUUAUAAAUGUGAAUUUUUUUUUAUUUACGACUUAACGCAAAAUUGUAUAAGACAUUCGCCAAACGCAUUUAGUUUUAUUUGAAGGAAAGUGUCUAAUUAAAAUUGUUGCCAUAUGACAUGCAAAUUCCUCUUGAUUAUUUGCAAAUAUUUAAUGACCUUAUAAUUAAAUUGAUAUUUAUAUACAUGUAUGUGUAGUUGAUAUACUGUGAAAUAUGCAUACGUACAUACCGUAAUUAAGGCAUACAAAUUUAUGUAAUCUAUUUUAUAACUGAUAACUAAUGGAUAAACUAAUGAAAUCAUUAUUAUUAUGAUGAUGAUGAUUAUUAUUAUAAUGACAAAGCUGA